UUUACAACAGUGCGUCCGUGCGCGUGGUGGGAACGGUAGCAAGAUGGCGGCGCUGAAGGAGGAGCAGUGCUACGGACUGUCCUGUGGAAGAGUGAGCAGCGGUAGCAAUAUCUCCGUCUUUCACGUUAAACUCACUGACAGCGCACUCAGAGCAUUUGAAGGCUAUCAGAGCGGCAAGGUCCUGUCAUCACGACCAUUGAUCAGAUUUAAUGGAAACCAAGGGAAAAUUUCAAUACCACGGUCAGAAAAUUCCAGUGAACUGCAAACGUUUACUUUCUACCUGUCAAAUGUGGGCAGAGAUAACCCCCAGGGCAGCUUUGACUGCAUCCAGCAGUACAUCACCAGUGAAGGGAGCAUUCAGCUGGAUUGUUUGGGUGGGAUCCAGGACAAGAUUACAGUAUGUGCCACAGACGACUCCUACCAGAAGGCCAGAGAAAGCAUGGCCCAGGUUGAGGAGGAGACUCGCAGUAGGAGUGCCAUCGUCAUCAAGCCCGGGGGAAGAUACGUAGGCAAGAAGGUUCAGAUCCGGAAGCCAGCACCUUCUCUGUCCGACAUCGCCCCGUUACGGCGAACAUCUCGGCCCGUCAUCAUCUCUAGCAGUACCCUGAAGAAAGGCACGACUCAGCACAGGCCGCUCAGAGAGCGCCUAAUACACCUGCUGGCCCUCAAGCCUUACAAGAAGCCUGAGCUGAUCCUGAGGUUGCAGAAAGAUGGCCUCUCGCAAUUAGACAAAGACUCCCUGGACAGCCACUUGCAACAGGUGGCAAACCUGAAUGGGAGAGACAACACCUUCACAUUGAAGGACUUUUUGUAUAAGGAAAUUCAGAAGGACUGGCCAGGCUACACAGAAGGAGACCAGCAGCUUCUCAAGAGAAUCUUGUUUAGGAAACAGUGCCAGGCCCCGAACAGCUCUGCCCCCCCACCAGAGAGCCCACCCAAAGAGCUGGCCAGCAACUCGCCCUCUCAGAAACGGCCUGCUGCUGACUUCAUUGACCCUCUUGUCAACAAAAAGCCGAGGAUAUCACACCUUGCCAGCAAGGCUGCAACAGCCCCAGUUAAUGGCAAGUUCAACUCCUCCAGCGGGAGAGGAGAGGCAGGAGGAGCGCAGGCAGAAGUGGUUUCUGUGUCAGACAGCAGCAUGACGUCCAGCUCUCAGCAGCUCCCUGUGCUGGACAUCCCUCGUCCUUUUGAAGCACUGUCGGACGUCAGCAACGACUCCAGCCACAAUGGGAGAGAUUGUGACUCUCAGGAAACAGCAGUGUCCGAGAGGCUCAGCCAACCUCCUUCGCUCUUCUCUGCGUCAUCGGCGCUGACUGCGCCCAGCAUUGGUACAUCAUCUCCUGGACAUUCGGUCCUGGAUGGCCCUCGGGACAAGAGUCUUUCAUCCUUCAACAGCAAGUCCAAGAAGAAGUCAAAAAAGCAUAAAGACAAGGAGAAGAGCAAAGACAGGGAGAGGGAGAGGGCGAGAGAAGAGCAGCAAGAAAAGGAGAAGGAGAAGGAGAGGAAGAGUCGUGAGGAGCGUGUGCCUGAGCCUAACAGAGCCUGUGAGAUGAGCCCAGGAAACCUCAAAAGCAACAGUAUUCCACACAAAAGCACAGAUCUGAAUGGAAUGUGCAAAAGUACCAGUAUUCCUUCGUCAUCGCUUGAGGUGGCAGACUAUUUAUUGAAGUACACAGUUAUCGGCUCUCCUGAGCAGCGUCAGAGGUAUAAAAACGAUUUCAACGCAGAGUACAGCGAGUACCGGGGUCUGCAUGCUCGGAUAGAGGGCAUCACCCGGCAGUUCACUGUGCUUGACAAUGAGCUCAAACAACUUCAGCAAGGCACAGAGAAGUACAAGACAAUCCACAAUCAGAUUCUUCAAGAAUAUCGUAAAAUAAAAAAGACUAAUCCAAACUAUAGCCAAGAGAAGAACCGCUGUGAAUAUCUACACAACAAACUGGCACAUAUAAAGAGACUUAUUGCAGAGUACGAUCAACAGCAACUUUAAAAGUAGUUAUUAGACAUUGUUUCCCUGUUAUCUCUGGAAACCAAGCAGAUAAAGGAAAACUCUGGAUUCCGCUUGUGGUAAAAAAAAAUAAUUAUAAAAUUUAAAAAAAUGUUCUCAAGAAAGAUGCCAUGAAGGGAGUAUUUCCCUCAGUGGGGCCAAAGGCUCUAGUGAGGACUAAGCAGGACACAUGAUCUUUUUCUCUCUCUUUCCUUUCCUUUGUUUAUUUUUUCCCUUUUGGAAGAUGGGGGCUGCGCCAGCUGUGGCCAGGUCCAUCUUUGUAGUUACAAUGCAUCCAGACAGAAAGGUUCUGUGUGGCUUUGUUUUUCUCAGCAGCCCACCCUGCUUAUAGUGCACAGAGGUCUGAAAGAGUCAAAACAUGGACAGUUUCCCGCUUUCUGGGGAAACAUCCAAAUAAUCUUUCCUGCUUUUGAAACUGGAAGGAAGGGGACACUGAGAUGAAAACUGCAGAUUGUACACCAAAAGCUACUAAUUUUUUUUUUUGUGUGUGUAAAGAAAAAUUAAGUUAACAAUGGCAUCAGUUUUCCCCAUAUACUGAAAUGAAUGGUUGUGAUGUUCAGGGUUUUUUUUUUUUUUUGUCUUUCUUUUUAUUUAUUUUUGACACUUAACUGGGGGGAAUGAGUCUGUAUUACACUCCUCAAUACCAGUACUUAAAAGCUGUCUCUCAUAUUUUGUCCUCACAUAUUGAAUGUCAGCCAGUAUUUCAUUCAGAAGCUGCCUUGCCCAUCUAAUUGUCACUGUUGGCGUUAAUUUUCUCUUUUAAAGAGAUGCAGAUAUUACUAUUGAUUAAAUCAAAAACAAUGCCUCUAAAUGCACAUAGUCAGACACAGCUUUGUGUGCUUGACUUUUCUUUUCUAAAAUCAUGUGCAGAUGUCUUAACAAUGGGGACGUGUGAAAGUUUCCCGUGAGUCCAGGGCUGUAGAUUCUCUGUGAACACAGUCUCCUCUCAGUCAUAACAAGCUGCAGUGCUUGUUCACCACUUACAGCAGUGGUCCAUAGUUAUAGUUCAUCAUGUUCUAUCUAUAUUAAGCUCUUAAUUGGUUGUCUAUCCAGUUCAGUUUGUGAUGGCUUUUGUAGCAAUAGAAUGACUCAAAGUUAUCUGAAGAGUUCAUCGCCAGCUCUGCUCUUUAUCACGCUAUUGAAGAUCCUCUAAUUGUUGGACGAUGCAGGCAGGGGAUUCAGAUCUGCAGGCUUUUUCUUUUCAUCUUCAAAGUGUUCAAAAAUUUAGGUUGAUCCACAGAUCUGAUAUCUCCGAAGUUAUCAUCCUUGCCAGUUUUGGUCAUUUAAAGCAACAGUGUUUACAGUGUCUAUUAGAAGAUCAAAUUUCUUUUUUUCUUUUUUUUUUUUUUCCUCGUCUGCUCAUCGACCCACGUGGUAGUCCAUUCGAGACGACUGUUAAGAUAAAGCCAUCCUCGAUCAUCUUCCCAGUGGAGCUCCUGCUCAGAGAGGGAAUGCUCUCAUGCGACCACUUUUUGCCUUUUCAAAUGUGAUGUCAGAUUUUCAGCGGAGGAUCAGCCCUCCUCUCUGAGAAGUGUCGCAUCAGGACGGAUCGACUCGACGUAUCCGAAGACAAAUUAGAAAUGCUGUAUCAGAAGUCGAGUCUAGUCAGCGAAUGCAUUUCUUAUAUCGAUCUUUUUAUGUGAAUAUGAAAAAUCAGCACUUUUUCUCCUGAUCUUGCUGUUACCUGGGGGUUUUUGUCCAAAUGACACUUUUCUCUUUGUCCAUCAGAGUGCAUGCUUUAUGAAUGUGUUACAAUGAACAGUCUUUGUAUCUUUACUUGAAAAAAAAAAACUGCCCAAGGAUAUCAGAAUCCAAGCAAAGGCCUAGUCCAGCCGAGUUAAUAUGUAAUCAUCAGACAUGGCUCUGACCAGCAUGUAUACCAAAGUGCUUACUGAGUGAGAUGAAACAAAACCAAAUGUUGGCAAAGGAACAUGUCAGUAUUCUUUAGUUUCUGUUAUCAUUUCUUUUGUCCAUAUAAUUCAUCAUCCAGUGGAAACUUUCUCAGUGUUUUCUUGUCAGUAGGAGGUCAGAGGAGGCUCUUUUACUUUCAGAUAGGAUUUGCAUGACUGGGCUCAAGUGUUUUAAUGUAAUGUCAGGUUUCAGGAUCUAUCACUCUCCUAUUUCAAACACUACAUUAAGGCCAGUACUCCGAGACUGACCACAGCGAUGCUGCGUUGGUCAAGACCGAGACUGGUUCUGGAACUUGAUAAAGUCUGGGCAGCAGGAGACGCGAACGUUUUGUCACCAGAAUCAACACUCAGCACUGCCCAGCACUGCAACCUUUAACAAGAAAGACACUUUUCAUUGAUUCUUACUGUAUCUUGUUUUCUAGAAACAUUCUGAAAUGAUUACUGUAUUACGCCUCUAUUACGGUCAAAAUCCAUUGUGAAUGAGUUCAUCAGUAAACACAUUUUGCCCCAACAGAGAGCAAACUGUGAAAGUAGUGAAAUGCCAGCACAGGAGUACCAUUGUAUGAGCUGAUUGUGCCAAAAUGACCUGUUGUAUAGGUUUUUUUUCCCUUUUCUCUGAGUAUGUACAUGCUGCUCUUUGAGCAAAGAGGGCUUUGGAGAAGAGUCAUGAAAUGUUGGCGCUAAAACCCAAAGCACGCUUUUUGAAAACCAUAAGGGACUGGGACUGAAAUUGAUCUUUGUUUCAAUAAAAUUCUUUAAAAUC